AUGCUUACAAAUGGCCAGGGCAGGGGCUUGGAUGUAUUCCUGAACCUCUCUGCAGGAGCAGGGCGUGUGCCUGGGGUCGGCGUGCCUGGCGGUGUGCCUGGGGUCGGUGUACCAGGAGUCGGUGUUCCUGGAGUCGGAGUACCUGGAAUUGGUGUACCUGGAGUUGGAGUACCUGGGGUCGGUGUUCCCGGAGUUGGCGUACCCGGUCUGGUGCCUGGAGCUGGCCCAGCUGCUGCUGCUAAAGCAGCUGCCAAAGCUGCCAAGUACGCAGGAGCAGGUGGCUUGGCACCUGGCGUGGGAGGUCUGGCACCUGGCAUAGGAGGUCUGGCACCUGGUGUGGGAGGCCUUGCUCCUGGUGUAGGUGGCCUUGCUCCUGGUGUAGGUGGCCUGGCCCCUGGCGUUGGAGGUGUUCCAGGUGUUGGAGGUCCAGCAGCAGCCGCAAAAGCAGCAGCUAAGGCAGCCAAAUACGGUGCUGGUGUUGGAGGGGUGCCGGGUGCUGUGCCCGGUGCUCCUGGUGUGCCAGGAGUGACACCUGGCAUCGGUGGUGUGCCCGGCUUAGUGCCAGGCGUAGGGGUGCCCGGUGCCGGCGUUCUCCCCGGAGCAGGCAUCCCUCAGGUCGGGGUGCAGCCUGGUGCUAAGCCUCCCAAAUUCGGUGUGCCCGGGGCUGGGGUCCCAGGGGUCGGUGGCAUCCCAGGUGGCCUCGGAGUUGGUGGCCUUGGAGUUGGUGGCCUCGGUGCUGGGCUCUUGUAUCCAGGAGCUGCUGGAAAACCUCCUAAGCCAGGGGCUGGAGUUCCCGGUUUUGGUGUGUCACCGAUAUUUCCAGGUGGGGUUGGUGGCCAGCUGGGAUUUGGCGGGAAGCCCCCCAAGACCUACGGAGGAGCCCUGGGGGCCCUGGGCUUUAGAGGUGGAAUUGGCUGUGCACAAGGGAAAUACUGCGGGAGGAAGCGGAAGUAACCGCCCACCGUCACCGAUGACCUCAUGAACUUUGGUGCUACUGCAUGGUCCAGAAUGUAAAUCCCCACCAAGCUGAGACCCCCCUGGCCCCACGCUCCCGGCAGGGACCCCACGGCAGCGUCAGGGGCCGCCCCCCCACCUCGGGA